AUGUCCUCCAGAGAUUUACCGCAUUCCUUAAAGGACGCUGUGUGGGGCUGGGCCGAAAGAGUGCCCGAUGAACUAGCCUUGACAAAAGCUCAGCGUGAAAGAAACUCGACUGACGCACAGGAGGAGGACCCUGAAUUGCGUGAAGCCCAGAGAAAAGUUCAGAUGAAGAACUUGUGGCCCGCCUUCAUAUCUGGCGCUGGUCUCUUUUCCGACGGUUACGUGAACAACUCCAUCUCAACGGUCACCACAUGUUUGUCUAUUAUCUAUGGUGAAGCGUACACUAAUUCCAACGCUAUCUCCAACGUUUCUGCUAUUGCAUUCGCCGGUACAGUUCUUGGUCAAUUGUCCUUUGGUUACAUUUCUGACCACUUUGCCAGAAAGGGAGGCAUGUUGGCAGCUAAUAUCAUGCUUAUCUUCUUCACCAUUUGCUGCGCAGUGGCUACUUGGGGUAAGACCCCAGAGGGUUUGUUUGCUGCGAUCACCACAUUCCGUUUCUUCUUGGGUAUCGCCAUUGGUGCGGAGUACCCAACCUCCUCGGUGAUCGCUUCAGAGUUCGCCAACCAGUUGCCCGCUGGUCACAGAAACAGGUACUUCUGUUGGUUCACCAACUCGUGCAUUGAUGUCGGCUAUGUGGUCUCUGCAUUUGUCCCAAUGGUUUUGUUGUGGAUCUUUUCCCCUAGACAUUUAAGAGCUGUUUGGAGGUUGACCUUGGGUCUCGGCGUAUUCCCACCUCUUGCUUUAUUUUUUAUGAGAAGGAAGAUGAAGAACUCUGAAUCUUACGAGAAGACUAACAUGAAGACCGCCAAGAAGUUUCCGUGGUGGCUCGUUAUCAAAUUCUACUGGUUUAGAUUGACCAUUGUCUCUAUUGUUUGGUUCAUUUACGAUUUCUCUGCAUACUCCUUCGGUCUUUAUUCAUCCUACAUCUUGAACAUCAUUAUCCCAGACAGCGAUUUGUACAAGACCUUUGGUUGGAACGUCGUUUUCAACCUAUUCUAUCUCCCAGGAACCAUCCUUGGUGGCUUCUCGACUGAUUACUUUGGGCCAAGACUUACGAUGGCCAUUGGUCUCUUCUGUCAAGGUAUCAUUGGAUUCGGUAUGACUGCUGGAUUCGGGACUUUGAAGCAUCAAAUUGGUGGUUUCGUUGUUGUCUACGGUAUCUUCUCUGCUCUUGGUGAAUUCGGUGCUGGCAACAACGUUGGCUGCUUGGCGUCCAAGACCUCCUCCACACCAGUUAGGGGCCAGUACUAUGGUAUCGCUGCUGCUAUUGGUAAAGUGGGUGCCUUCGUAGGUACCUAUGUUUUCCCUGUUAUCUUGAAGAACAACGGUGGCUCAGACUCUGACGCGGGUAUCAAGACUGCCUUCUACGUUUCGUCUUCCUUAUGUCUCUUCUCAGCCUGUUUGACUUUGUUUUUCUGUCCAUCUGUGGGCCAAGAAGCUAUCAACGAGGAGGACAGAAGAUUUGUCUCUUACUUGAAGGAGAAUGGCUAUGACAUCUCCAGCUUGGGUAAUGGUACUAUUGUCCACGACUUUGAAGAAUCUGGUGACAGUAUCCUGGAGAAGAAGACCGACAAUGAACCUCGUGUUCGUCACACUGCCGCUUCUGACACUUCAUCUAGUGUCGAGAGGGUUUAA